AUGUGCCAGCAUUUUGCUUGUGCCAUAAGUCAUCUGACCUCGAUUCCACCAGCACCGUCUGCGGAGGACUAUUCCACUUGGGAUAUAGUUAAGGCUACUCAAUAUGGCAUCUUCCCUCGUGUCCUUGAAUUAGUCGAACCGCCACCGGGUUCCGCCACCCCACCAUUCGACGUGAACCAGUUAGAUCACGAGGGCGUCUCUCUCUUGCACUGGGCAGCUAUCAACAAUAACUUCACCAUUAUCAAGUAUCUCAUUUCCAAAGGCGCCAUCGUAGACCGAGUUGGUGGCAAUCAGCAAGCCACAGCUCUCCAUUGGGCCAUUCGAAAACACCUUCUCGAAAUGGUCGGCUUGUUGAUGCAUUUUGGGGCGGAUCCGAUGGCUCGGGAUAUUCAGGGCAUGACGUGUCUUCAUGUGGCAGCGCAGGAAGGCGCUACUGCUAUUGUCCUCUACCUCCUUGCCAAGGGUAUGGAUGUCAAUUGUCGCAGUACUAAAGGCCUCACCCCGCUGAUGACCUGCUGCCUCUUCGGUCGUUCGGCGGAGCCCCUGCAGGUGCUCCUUAGCUGGGGGGCGGACAUGCGAUUGUUGGACGAGCUACACGGCAAUACUGCGGCCCACCUGGCGGUGCGCAGCAACAACUUCACCGCCGUGCUACAACUCGACGAGGCGGGUGUGGAUUGGCGGAUGACUAAUAAUCUGGGCCUUUACCCCUAUCAGAUGUCUACCCACCCCUGGAUGAACCAUAGAGUAAAGCAGAUGGCUAUUGCCCGGGGUCUUCUUCCUCCCUCUGAAGCGGAUUCUGGCGAUGACAUUGAGGAUGAAAUUAGGGACGAAGGUGUUCCAGAAAACCCAGCAGCAGAUGCCAGCAAAGGUCAUCGCAGUCGUCGGCGUCUUCGCCGUCGCCGUUUUCGCAUUCACUGGCCCGCCAGCUGCUACUCCAAACGCGGGCUGACCUUCACCGCAUUCAUGCUCCCUAUAGUGGGUUUCCUUGUCAUUGGCGCCCUCCUCCAACUCGAUUUUGCCGCUCUACUUUCCCCUCUCCUGCCCUUAUGGACGGCAUAUUUGCUGAAGGCGGUGGCCGUACCCCUCGUGUUUUGGCAGUUUCGAUCGCAUAUCAUGAAGUUGCAGACUAACGAGUAUGUGUUCCUCAUGGUCUUCAGCCUGAGCCUAAUCACCACUGCCAGUCUCUCCGUUACCGGCAUCUUUCUCCUCAUUCCCACUGUGGGGACUUCUCAUACCCUUACGCACUUCUCCUUCUGCGCCAUCCUCAGUGCUCUCUGGUUCUCCCUCUACCGCACUGGCACCAUCAAUCCAGGCUUCAUUCCCUCCUCCUCCGCCAUGGUCACCACUUCCGCCUCCUCCGUCUCAGAAGAAGCUGUUGCGAUCGCCGUCGUGAAUGUGGUUGACACAGAAGUGCGUCGAAUCCUCGCGGAAGGUGUUGGCGCUACUGAUGGGUCUCGGCGUCCAGCUCUGUUGAAGCGCUUCUGCACCACCUGUUUGGCGCGCAAGCCGCUGCGAUCGAAGCACUGUCGGGCGUGCAACCGCUGUGUAGCCCGGUUUGAUCACCACUGCCCCUGGGUGGGUAAUUGUGUGGGGCAGAACAAUCACCAGUGGUUUAUUGCUUAUCUCCUGGCUACGUCGUUGGCAUUGAUGCUCUUCAUGCGAGAGGCGGUGUUGUUUUGGCAGGCGGUGCCGCCGUGCUAUGACCCAGUGAAAACGGAUGAAUCCGGAAAUCCGGUGCAAGGUUGGCGCUACUAUUGGCGGUGGACCUGGGCAGCUGUAUGGUGUGAUCCCUGGGUAGCCUACUGUUUCGCCAACGCCGCCUUCUACGUCAUCUGGACGAGUCUUCUCUUCCUUGUCCACCUCCACCAAAUGGCCUGGGGUGGGGUGACUACUAACGAGCGUAUCAACGUCGAUCGCUAUGUGGAGUUCUCCGGUGGACUCAUCUGGCCCAAGGCUUCGUCCUCUUCUCGAUGUUGUUCUUGCCUAUGCGGUCUCCCACCUUGCCCCUACAACCGCGGAGUUACGGGCAAUUUGGCCGAUCUCUGUCGAAUUCAAUUGGGCAGGCAUCAGCCCGUCAACUGGUGUGAUAUCUAUGAAUUAAAUGCCUUUGUGGAGGAGCAGGAGCUUCUGAAGCGAAAGAAGCGAAAUGAAUACCGCUUUCCUCCCACCAACUCACAGGUUCUGGCUGAUGCUCGUAAGGACUUACUUCUUGCGCACCCUCGCUACUCAUCUGACAUUUAUAUUGAUCAGUCUCAAUUGUCAGUCUUCAGUGUCACUGGAUCAAACGUGGACGUCUUGACAGGAACUGAAAAGGUCAUGUCCAAGCCAUCGGACAAGCGCGAUUACAGUUGGGUCACAGGAUACGAGAAGACUUGGGAAUCAAUAAAGGAGGACCAGUCGGGCAGUCUGGUGGCGAGUCUGGAGAAGAUGGUUCGCGACACACACGCCGAUCUGCGAGCAAAGCGUCAGCAGACAAAUGCCACUACCACCACCGCUGGCGGCACCCCACGACUGGGCAUGGUUCGACAUCUCUACGUUGUGAUUGAUCUCUCCACUGCCAUGCUCGAACGCGAUCUGCAUCCAAACCGCCUUAUCUGUACUCUCAGGUGCCUCAAAAAGUUCGUGGAGAAUUUUUUCGAUCAGAAUCCUCUGAGUCAAUUGGGCAUCAUCUCGACUUCAGGCUCGAAAGCUCAGCUUGUCUCUGCGUUGUCUGAUUUGGAGUUGUGGUAUACGGUAACGGAGCAUACCAUCCAGAGAUGGAUAUUUAAUCAUUCAAAAGCAGAGAAGAAAGGUGCUGUUCUUAAUUAUGGUGGAUUUCGUGUCGGGAAAUUUCGAGAUGUGUCAGCACCAACUUUUGAUGUUGCUUUACUUUUUAUCCAAAAAAUGGAAUGUCUUAUCACCAAAACCUCGUUAAAUUGGUUGGGAGGUUCACAUGACGAUUUUCUUUCACUUCACAGGCACAUGCCCUCGUACAGUUCGCGUGAAGUCCUUCUAAUCCUCGCCUCCAUGACCACCUGCGAUCCUGGCGACAUUCAUCAAACCAUUCAAAGUCUUAUCACACAUCGCAUCCGUUGUAGUGUCAUCUCCCUCGCCGUCGAGGUCUUCGUCCACAGGGCUCUCGCAGAAGCUACUGAAGGCUCUCUCACUGUCAUCAUGGACGUGCCUCAUCUCAAAACCGCUCUGCAGGGCUUUGUUCAUCCUCCCCCCGUUUCAGAGGAUAAAGAUGCUGCUCUGUUGCGAAUCGGAUUUCCGCACUCGACCGCUGCAGACUUUGAACAAUUUCCCGUACGAGUGUGCAUGUGUCACUUGCCGAAUGUCGAAAACAAAGGUGAAGCCGCAGGCGGUGUCAAUUCAGAAUCCAACGUUGCUGUUGGCAGCAGCAACCGUCCGCGGGGCUCCUACCUCUGUCCCCGCUGUCAUUCGGCCUACUGCGAGUUGCCAGUGGAGUGUGCGGUGUGUGGAAUAACCCUAAUGUCCGCUCCACACUUAGCACGUGCCUACCAUCACCUCUUUCCCCUACCUCGCUUUGUGGAGGUUCCACGCACCGAAGCGUCUUCCACAAUGCCGAAGGGGGAGCUCCUCGGCUGUGGCGGUUGCAACGUCAAUCUACAAUUGAAGUCUGUGGUAUACAAGUGCCCGAAAUGCAGUCACUACUUCUGCGCGGACUGUGAUGCCUUCCUUCAUGAUUUUGUCCACUCCUGCCCCAAGUGUCCCGCUACCUAG